AUGGAGAAACAAAGUGCAGAUGAGCAACAAUUCGAAUCUCGACCAAGACCCGACGAUUUCUCGAACUAUCUGCCUUGGGCUUGCAAUCAACUGCAACUAGAUGCAACGAUAAUAAUCAAUAAAGUUAUUCAAAAUGAAUAUGUCAGUGCUGCUAUGACUGAUCGGGUUAAAAAAGUAAAGAGUAAAAUUAAGCUAAGUCAGUCUCGACAUAACGUUGGCUCCGAUCAAGAAAGAGAAGAAAAAUCCACAUCAAAUCCGCUUCCAUUACUUUAUAAUGAAAAAGUGGUAAAAAUAUUUACGAUAUACGACAGUUUCUUCAAUUUAGUAGAGAUUAGAUUUGACAAAAAUAAUCAUUUACCUAGAUUGAUAUUUAAAAUAAUUGGCCUUAUUAUACAAUUUCAACCGAAUAUAGCCAAGAUCGAAAUUAAUGGGGGCAUGGAUGGAUUCACUGUCUAUGAAAUAAAUAAAUUUCUUAACAUCUCUAAUAUAACAGAGCUAUGUUUUGAUGGUUGUUUUUUAAAAGAAGCUAAUUAUGAUAUUCUUCUAGAUACAAAUAGUUCUCUCCGACAUCUUUCUCUUUCGAGAUGUAAAAUAGACGAUAAUGUCGUUCUAAAUAUUGCUAACAAGUUAUCAUAUCCUUUACCAGCUUCAAAGUCUUUAUAUAUACUCAAUUUGUCAUCAAAUAGGAUUACUGAUUUGGGAACACAAUAUUUAGCUCAAGCUCUACGAUCUAAUCGGAAUCUAAGUUAUUUAAAUUUAGCUGAUAAUAGAAUAACCGAUGAUGGAGCAGGAUAUCUGCUUCAUGUUUUUGCUGAAUUUUCGUUAACCAGUAAUGAACUUCUUGAAGCGAGGUUUAGGCAUAUGGUAUUUUUAAAGAACAAAAAUAUAAUGAUGGAUCGCACUGUAAAAGAAUUAAGAUCUGGGGAAUUAGAUAGAAAAAUAGCCAAACGUAAAUUCACUAGAUCUGUCUCUGCCGCUUCAGGUAAGAAAGGAAAAUUGGAAAAAGAAUCAUCUCUCAAAUCAAUCGGAGAUACAAAAAGCUUAUUAAACAUGGAUUUUCUAUAUUAUGAUAAAGCUGUUAACAUGGUUGAAAAUACUCUCGGUGAAUUUAACGAUCCUUUUUGUGCAAAUAAUACAAAUGUAAAGGAGGGUAUGGUGUAUAGCAAAGGCAAUAAUACACUAUGCUACUUAAAUUUAGCAUACAAUAAUUUAUCGUUUCUAUCGCUGAAGAAGAUUUUGGCAGUUCUCAUGUUUCAGAAGCUGUUAGAUAGGAAGCCAAGGGGAUUAAUCAAUUUGUUAAUUGAAGGAAAUAAUUUACCGGUUUCUUGUAAGGAAAUGAAUCAAAUUGAUGAUGUCUUGGAUAUGGGGCUAAUGGUACACUAUAGGAGAUUGUCUGGUAACAAGAAAAGACCUCAAUCGAAAACUACGUCACGA